UUUGACAUUUCACAAGCGGACGAACCAGGAUGAACUCCGCUGUCCCGCUGUCCGCUUGCGUGCAUGCGCGUGCUGUACCGAUCUCUCGAAGUGUCCAACAGCCACGAGCAACGCGAUGUCCAGUGACUGGUACGUGUCCGUAUUCCUCAUCUGCCUAUCGACGUUCCUCUCGCCGCGCGCAAGUCAUUGCGCGACGAAUGUGACUGAUGUCUCGGAUCACACGCAAGCUGAGAACGCACUCGCAAAAUUGGUGAAAAUGUUCUCUAAACCGGGUGCGUUCAAACAGAUCGACGCAAUACUUGGGGAAAACACCAUCGAGGCAUCGUUCACGAGUUGUCCCAUGGGUGAAGAAGGCCUGGAAUGCCGAAGAGCCGAGGCUCGUCGAUCGGUUGAUUGUCCCCGAGGAGAUUGUUUCUGUUAUGAUUGCGCCGCUGCCGGGCCUGAUUUGUGGGCUUCCUGUUGCCGUGAAAGCUUGAGAUGCUGCUCUCAUCUCGCAGCGGCCUGCAGGACGUGCGACCAUCCAACGUUGUAUCCCUUUUGCGCAAAGCAUUUUAAGAAAUGCCUAACGCAAUACAACGAAACGAAGCAGGAUUAACCGUGUCACAAGAUUUUCGGCAAUGACCCAACUGUGAUAGUUUACCAUGACGAUCAUCGGGUAGUCGAUAAAAAUACUGAUAAAAAUACUCAGCUUGUCUUCUUUAUCAUAAUCAGAAUUAAUUGCCGAGGUUUAAUCGCGAUUGCACCAGAUAUUAGCAGCAAUAAAGAACGCAAUAACCGUAUUAUCAAGUUGCGUAAUCAAAGUUUUACGUCGUGUCUCUUAAUAUAGCGUUUACCUUCAGAGUUGUUAAACUGGUCCUAUUUGAUUACUUCUAGAUGACUUUGCUUAAAUGAAGGCUUUGACUCUACAAUCGAUACUGUAAUCUAAACAACAAAUUCGCAGACAUAUGUUUAUUGCGUAUAUUGCUUAGAUAAUAUGUAUAAUUUUGCUUACUUAAUACGUGACAUUAGUUUAGAAACAAAGAUAAAAAUUGUCUUUCUUUACAGUUACAUACGAAUUAUUUGUUAUAUAUGUUAUAUAUGUUUGUUAUAUAUGUUUAUAAAACAAAAUAUGAUUUCAAAUCGAUAAUAGAGAAUUUUUCUGCGAAUUUGUAGUUACCCGAUGACCUAAAUUAAAUUUUUGUAAUUUUGAACUUAAAUUUGUAAUUAUCGACUACGUAAAUACUCAAUAGAUUUCAAGCGCGUUUCGAGAAAAUAUAGCAUACACAUUCUUGGAAAGGAAAAAAAAGUUUCGAUUUAUGACUCUAUACAUCGAGUUAUAUAUCGGUUACAAAUCUGUAAAUUCAUACUCUGUAUAAAUUUAUAAAAUCUGUGAAUAUAUAGGUUUAUACCACCA